AACGGCAUUUCACGUAACGUCAUCCAAAAUGCAUCUCAGCCACUGAUAAGCAUCACUUAUCGAGACUGCCAUUAAUCAUACUCUAGGCCUACUGCUAUUAUUUAGCCAGGAUUCAUGCUGUUCAUGUGUCGUCGUUUGUCGUACAGCAUAGUGCGCUGAGUCUUACUGUUAAUUCCCCAUUUCCAUCAUGGCCGCAUUGCGCAUACUUUCUCGACCAUCUCCACAACUCAAAUCUAUACUCUCCACCUCAAGGAACUUCUCCUCAAGCAUACAACGAAACGCAGACUUCACGCACGCCGUCAUAGGCGGCGGAGUCAUAGGCUUAGCCAUAGCCCGCAAACUCCAACAACGAGACUCCGCCUCCACCGUCCUGAUAGAAAAACAUGGCCAUGUCGGCACAGAAACAAGUUCACGAAACAGCGAAGUCAUACACGCAGGCCUCUACUACGGGCCCACCUCUCUCAAGACAAAGCUAUGUCUGCGCGGAAAAGACAUGUUAUACGAGCUCUGCAAAAACCACGACAUACCACACCGCAACACCGGAAAAUGGAUCGUCGCCCAAGACGCCGCACAAAUGGAGGCCCUACAAAAAGUCCACGACUUCGCCAAAAGCAUCAACGUACCCAUCCACUUCCUCAGCAAAGAAGAAGCCCACCGCCGCGAACCAGACGUCCGUGCCGAAGCCGGCGUCUUAGAAAGCCCCAGCACAGGCAUCGUAGAUUCCCACAGCCUGAUGCAAUACCUGCAAGGCGGUUUUGAAAACGCCGGUGGAAUCUGCGCAUUCAAAUCCACAGUCACACACAUCACGCCCCUCGACUCCGGACGCUCGGGAUGGGAAAUCACAACAACAGGAGCAGAUGGCGAGGAAAGCAGCAUAACAGCCGACACGUUGAUAAACUCCGCGGGUCUCUUCGCCGUGGAAAUCUCAAAUAUGAUUUUGCCCAAGGAACGCCACAGAAAAGCUUUCUACGCAAAAGGGUCGUAUUUCUCCUACGCUGUCUCGCGGCCUAAACCUUCUACACUCGUCUACCCCGCUCCCGUGCCAGGCCACGGCGGACUGGGCACACAUCUCACGCUCGACAUGGCCGGGCGGAUUCGUUUCGGACCGGAUGUGGAGUGGACGGACUCACCGAAUGAUUACACACCCAACACGAAGAAUAUGAAGCAGGCUAUUGAUGAUAUUCAGACGUAUCUUCCCGGUGUGGAUAGAGACGCUAUUCAACCGGAUUACGUGGGGAUACGACCGAAGUUGGGUAAGCUGGCGGCGACGAGUGGGAAGGACUUCCAGGAUUUUGUAAUUUGUAAGGAAGAGGGGUAUGAGGGGUUUGUCAAUUUGUUGGCCAUGGAAUCUCCGGGCUUGACUAGCAGUUUGGCGGUUGCGGAGGAGGUGGAGGGAUUGUUGUAUCGAUAGUAGUGAUGGUACAUAUUUAUUUUACACAGACGAGAUGUUGGACGACUACACUUUCGGUUCCAUGUUCAGCAUCAGGUUGCAAGUAAUAUCAA